GGAAGCCAUCUUCCAGGCUCGGGAAAAGAUGCUCAAGGAUGCCUUUGAGACCGAGAUGCGACUGGCGGAAGCGCAAACAGCUGACUUUGUUGAGGGUGUCACUGCUAAACUGGUCGACAAACGGCCAGCGCUCUGGAAGCCUGCGACCCUCAAUGAGGUGAAGGAGGCAGACGUUCAAUCACUAUUGAACUCGGACGCACCGCUUCCUGAAGGCUUCGUACUAGCAAAUUUCCAUGGCCAUGCGGGGAAGGCUCAAAAGAGCUACGGAUUACCAAAAGAGGAAGAGAUUGAGAAAAUAUUAAAGAUGAAGAGCCGAAGUAUGAAAGAACUGAUGGAAGAGCUGGAGUAUGAGUAUCGCGGGAAGCAAGGGUUGAGGGAACGCGUUGAGGAGAUUGCGCGGCGGAAGACUCGAUUAGAAGGAGAUAGGCUUGUCUGGAAAACGGGAGGGCAGUAG